GUGACGGCGGGCGGACGGGCCGGGCACGGCACCCUCUCUUCAGACCCGGCACGGCGGAAAUUGGCCACGUCAGCAUGGUGUGUGGAGCGCUGGUGCUGGCGCUGAGCUGUCUGCUGACGGGACCGGUCAGCUCCAACGAGGUCAGGCUCAGUGAGCUGCUGAAGGAGCUCCAGCGCGAGCCAGAGCCGUACCGUUACGGCGCGGACCCGGAUUAUGGAGAGGAGUACCAGGACGAGGUCAACCCGGCAGAGGUCAUCAUGACCAGGGUAAGGAAGGGUCCCGGCAACUGCUACGCCCGAGGAAAGUGCGUCUACUACAGCAAGCGGCUCAAGACGGAGUUUUGCGGCGAUUGUCACCGCCGCUCGGGCUGCUUUCCAGGCGACUCGACGGUACUGAAGGAAUCCGGCGACGUGCUCCCCAUGGCUGAGCUCCGAGUGGGGGACCGAGUCCUGGCAGCGAGUCGGGCCGGCGAUCUCACCUUCAGCCCUGUGGUGAGCUGGCUGGACAAACGGUCCAACGAGUCGGGUCAGUACCUGCAGCUGUCUACCAGCACGGGCCACCGAAUCACGCUGUCCUCACAGCACGUCAUACUCGUCAGACAGAAGGACCAGCUCGUCUCUCAGUUCGCUGCGGACGUUCAGACCGGUGACCUGGUGAAGGUGGCCGACUCGGUCAACUCGGACAACUGGGCGCCGAUCGUCUCCGUUCAGCCCACAAUCUCCACAGGAGCGUACGUGCCGCUAACAGCCGAGGGUACUAUCGUGGUGGACGGCGUGCUGGCCUCGUGUUACGCCUCGUUCGACCACGACUGGGCCCACGCGUUCACGGCUCCGCUGCGCUGGAUGCCCGAACUGUUCGAGAGUCACGCCACUCGUGACAACGACGGGCCACGACCUGUGGUGGAGACCCUGAAGAGUUUCGGCCGGUGGCUGUUCCCUGAGUCAGAGUCUGGUCAUCGUGCCGCCGAGGACGACUCGGUCGUCAAACUGCCGCUCCUCGCCGCCCCCGCCCCCGCCCACGCCCACGCGAGCUCGCCCUAG